UCUGUGUGUAGUUUGCUUGCUGUAGAGGACAAAUCAACGUGAACUGCACAUAUGUAGACAAGCAGAGCCACUAUCAUGGCUUUCAGAUGGACCUUUCCUCUAGCAGCCGUCCUCCUUCUUACACUACCUGCUUUGGCAAACGCACAGAUCUUCAAUUGGUUUUUUGGUGGAAAGCAGAGCCAAGUGACUACAUCUGCCCCUACAGCAAAGCCUACAGAAAACACUGGGGGUUUUGGUACCAGUGCUGCACAUCACCUGCCUGAUGUAUUGUCAGAUGCCCAACAUCAGUCUUCUGCAACAUCACCAUUUACCAAGCAUCAGCCACUACCCACAGAGCAACCUGCAUCCGCAGAGCAUCUCACAGCUGCCCCAUCUCUAUUUUCACAGCCUGAAACAGCUGCAAUUCAAUCUGCUGCACCAACUACACUGACAAACACAGAGAUCAAUACCACACAGAAGGCUAAUCCUAGUGACGUGAGUGAAGAGCAAAUGACAGUAACAGCUUCUUCUGUACCAAAGCAUCAGGAAAAGAGAAUAUAUAACAUAUUCCAAGUACAGAGUGAAGCCGUGGAAGAUGGCUCUGCAGCCGCAGCAACUACACUGGCAGCAGUUGAUGAAGCUAGGGUUACCACAACAAACAACGCAACUAUAUCUCAUGACCAGACAGAUAAACCUAAUCUUGCUGGAAUGGGGGCUCAACUCUUAAAUGUAGCUGAAGGAAUUAGGAAUAUUAUGGAAGGUUGGGAUGAUAAAGCAGGGCAGGUUCUACAGACCUCAAGUGAGCUGGCACCUGUUCAAAAAUUCCAGGAGUUGACCAAUGGGACAGUGGAAAGUGAGAAUGUUACAGGAAAACAUACAAAUUUGACUUUGCCCAAUUUAAAUAACAUGAAUUUAUUGAACAGUUCGAUGUCCUCGAGCAAUCGUGAGACUCUUCAACCAGAUAGGUCAAGUAUUGAAGUCGGCCUUUUGCAACUUAUUGGAGAUCCCCCACCAGAACAGAUCACCAGAAUUUACGGGCCUGAUAAGACUCCUGGCUAUGUAUUCGGAGAGGAUGCCAACACAGGGCAGGUGGCCCAGUAUCAUCUUCCAAGUCCCAUGUUUAGAGAUUUUUCAAUUAUUUUCCACAUACAACCAUCCACUAACAAGGCAGGAAUGUUGUUUUCCAUAACUGAUGCCUCUCAGUCCAUUGUGUACAUCGGGGUGAAGUUGUCAGAGGUUAAAAAUGGCAAGCAGCAGAUCAUAUUUUACUACACAGAACCUGGUUCACUGGCGUCCUAUGCUGCCGCCACCUUCAAUAUCCCAUCCCUGGUGAACCGCUGGACACGCUUUGCAAUUAGUGUGGAGGAUGAAGAGGUUGUGCUAUUUCUGGAUUGCGAUGAACUUGAAAGAGUGAGGUUUGAGAGGUCACCUGAUGAGAUGGAACUGGAAGACGGGUCCGGGCUCUUUGUUGCUCAGGCAGGAGGUGCAGACCCAGACCGCUACCAGGGUGUAAUAGCAGAAUUAAAAAUCAAAAAUGACCCUAGGGCAGCAGAGACCCAGUGUGAAGAGGAGGGCGAUGACUCUGAUAUGAUCUCUGGAGACUUUGGCAGUGGCAGUGCAGGAAUUGAAGUGGUUACUCAGGCCCCUGUGCGUUUUAGAGAACAAGCACCAAUCACAGUCCCUCCAACACAGAAACCCCCUGUUUUGAAAAGCGUUGUGCAAUUUAAAGAAGAGAUCCCAGAGAUUGUGGAGAGAGGACAAAUAACAUUAGUGGACGGUAAGCCAGGACAAAAAGGAGAGAAGGGAGAUAGGGGAGACAGAGGAGAACAGGGUGAGCGAGGAAUAAUUGGACCAAAGGGAGAAAGCGGCACUAGUGUGAGUGCAAGUGCUGUCAUGAAAGGACAAAAGGGUGAGAAAGGGGAACUUGGAUUAAAGGGUGGCGCAGGCUUUGGAUAUCCUGGAUCCAAGGGACAAAAAGGAGAACUGGGAGUUCAGGGUCCUCCAGGACCACCAGGACCCCCAGGAUCUUCUGUGGUCCAGAAAAGCGAUGGAACCACAGUGCAACAAGCCAGUGGAACUCCUGGUCCUAGAGGUCCAGCAGGGCCACCUGGAAAAGAUGGAGAACCUGGCGAUCCUGGAGAGGAUGGAAAAGCCGGUGAAGUUGGACCUCAAGGUUUUCCUGGUACCCCAGGUGAUCCUGGCCAGAAGGGAGAUAAAGGGGAUACUGGAGUUGGACUUAGAGGUCCUCCAGGGCUACCAGGACCACCAGGACCUCCUGGCCCAGGUACCAAAAUGGACAAAUUGACAUUCAUUGAUAUGGAGGGUUCUGGAUAUGGAGGAGACUUGGAGAACGUGAGGGGCCCACCUGGAUUGCCGGGCCCUCCCGGCCCACCUGGUGUGCCUGGAUUGCCAGGAGUACCUGGCACAUUUGGAAUGAACUCAACAGGGAUGCCAGGACCACCUGGGCUCCCCGGUAUUCCAGGAAAGGAUGGAAUUCCCGGACCACCUGGACCACCGGGUUUCCCCGGACAAGAUGGUAUACCUGGCCCAGCAGGACUUCCUGGAACACGGGGUGAAGAUGGAGAGAUUGGCCUCCCCGGAGUACCUGGAUCAAAGGGUAAUGCUGGUGAUCCUGGACCUACAGGACCUCCUGGUCAAUCUGGCUUAGCUGGACUUCCUGGACCAAUGGGACCACGUGGAUUACCCGGUCCUCCAGGACCAGCUGGACCUGUUGGACGACUUCCUGCUGGAUUUGAUGACAUGGAGGGCUCAGGAAUUGCACUUUAUAACAGAGGUGGUGGGUCACAGGGGCUGCCUGGACUUCCUGGAGACAAGGGAGACAGUGGAGAUCCAGGACUGCCGGGCCUUCCAGGAAUUAAGGGUGAUCGUGGUAUUACAGGCUUGGAUGGAAGACCCGGAUUGGAUGGUUUCCCAGGUCCCGAGGGUCCCAAGGGAGGCAAAGGAGAUCAAGGUGAACGGGGAGAACCUGGCCGAGAUGGAGCUUCCAUUCCAGGUCCACCUGGUCCUCCUGGGUCGGUUGUGUAUAUAACAAAAGAUGAAAGGGAUGGUAUUGGAUCUGGUCCUGCAACAGAGGGCAAAGAUGGUGCACCUGGAUUACCGGGCCCUAGAGGACCAAAGGGAGAAGAAGGACUAAAUGGCCUUCCUGGACAACCUGGAAGUAAGGGAGAUAAAGGAGAGCCCGGUAUGCUUGUGGGACCUGAUGGCACUCUUCUUAUUGACAUUCCUAAAGGAGAAAGGGGGGAUGUGGGACCAAGAGGCCCUGUGGGACCUGCGGGUCCAUCUGGGCAGAAGGGAGAGAUUGGGUUCCCCGGGAGACCUGGUCGUCCUGGCAUGAAUGGCCUCAAAGGAGAAAAGGGAGAAUCUGCUGACCCAAGCAGUGGAUUUGGAGUUAGGGGACAACCAGGUCCACCUGGCCCUCCUGGUCCUCCUGGCCAAGCUGUGUAUGUAGACCCAAGUGGCCCAGGCCCUCAGGGAUAUCCAGGUGAUAAGGGUGAGCGAGGAGUUCCUGGAGCAAAAGGUGACCGUGGAGAUGUUGGCCCAGCUGGCCCACCAGGCACCUUCCCAUAUGACCUGAAUGCCUACAUAUCCAACUUACGGACACAACCUGGACCAAAGGGAGAAAAGGGAGAGCCAGGAGGUGGCCUUUAUGGACAGGGAAUACCGGGGCCUGCUGGACAGCCAGGAUAUCCUGGUCUUCCGGGUGCAAAAGGAGAAAGCAUUCAGGGAUCCCCUGGUCCUCCUGGUCCACAAGGACCUCCUGGUGUUGGAUAUGAGGGGAGAUCAGGUCCACCCGGACCCCCUGGACCUCCUGGGCCUCCUGGUCAACCAUCAUUCCCUGGCCCACACAGACAAACCAUUAGUAUCCCAGGACCUCCUGGGCCACCAGGACCACCAGGACCUGCAGGAUCAUCAGGAGGAUCAUCUGGGGUUCAAGUGCUGCAAACCUAUCAAACAAUGCUCAAUUUGGCGCAUAGGAUGCAAGAAGGGACCAUUGUGCUAGUACUGGAGAAGACAGAGCUAUAUGUACGUGUGAGAGACGGGUUCAGAAAAAUUCUGCUUGAAGACCAAUAUCCUGCUGUGCCAGGACUGGGUAAUGAAGUUGCUGUAGAACAGCCUCCUGUGAUCCAUUAUCCAAGCAACAAAGACUCUGAAUACUUUCAGAAUCCUGAAAACAAUAGGGAACAAAAUGUGCAUUCAUGGAAUGAACCUCCAAGAGCUGAGCCACCUCAGGUGCCUCAGCGGCCACCUCAAGUACCCCAGCAGCCACCUCAAGUUCCCCAGCGACAACCAGAACAAGAAAGAACACCACCAUCUCCUGUGCACACACACCAAGAGUUCCAAGCUGCGUUACAUCUGGUUGCUCUGAAUGCUCCACUAAGUGGCAGCAUGCGUUCCAUUCGUGGAGUGGACUUCCAGUGCUUUGAGCAAGCCCGCAAAGCUGGACUACAAGGCACAUAUCGAGCAUUCCUUUCUUCACGUCUUCAAGAUCUCUACAGCAUAGUACGCCGAGCUGACAGACAGACUGUACCGAUUGUCAAUCUUAGGGAUGAUCAGCUUUUCAAUAACUGGGAGUCACUGUUCUCUGGUUCGGAGGCUCAAAUGACACCAGGAGCUCGUAUUUUCUCAUUUGAUGGAAGGGAUGUUCUUACAGAUUCUUCUUGGCCACAGAAGAUGAUUUGGCAUGGAUCUGAUUCCAAAGGUCGACGAUUAACGGAGAGUUACUGUGAAACCUGGCGUACAGAUGAAAGUGCAGUGACUGGCCAUGCUUCAUCUUUACGCAACGGAAAGCUCCUGGAACAGAAUCCACAGAGCUGUAGCAAGAACUUUAUUGUCCUAUGUAUCGAAAACAGCUUUAUGUCUUCCGUCCAGAAGUAGAAGCACAUAAAACAUCUGUGCUAAUUUUAACAGAGGCUGCACACGGACUUCCCAAGAUUUCCUCUUUUGUCCGGAGACCAAAGAGUGUAUGAAGCUGCUUUCAACUGAACUCUUAAGUGUGGUUUUACUGUACCAGUCUCUAUGGGAUUAAAUCACUUCGAUACACUGUGUGAGCUAUUCCCAAACUUGGCUCGAUAACCUUCUGCCAAGUGUAGUUUAACAUCCUUGAAGAGGUUGCAACUCCAAAAUGUCUUGAGAAUCUGACUAGAUCCCUUUUGAUUCUAGUUGUACUGUCUUCUACUGAAAGUCCAGUCUUUGCUGGAUCACAUGGUUUCCAAAACCUAUAUGGCCUCAGAGUAAAUAAACUCAUGAGUGCUCUUCCAGUGCAGCUUUAUGAAAGGUGUAGAGCAAGUACCCAACACCUUCAGUCUAUUUGCAUCCUAUUGGUGGAAUAGUCUCUUUUUUAUUAUAUUUAACCACUAUUAGUUACACACGCACACAUUAUACAUGCAUUUAAUUUUCUUGUAAACUACUGUUUCCUUAUUUUCUGUAUGACAAACUACAUCAAAAUAUUUAUUAGACUUGGUCUGAAAAAAAGAAAUGAGAAGCAAAUGUUAAAAGCCCGUCACCUGUGCUCCAGUGGCCCAUCCUUUCUGAGCAAUGUUCUCCCCUGAGAGUUCUAGAUUCAGUGGAAAGCAAAGCAGAUGAUUGGUUAGUAACUAAACUACAUAAGAUGUUGACUAAUGAGAUUGAUUUGUGUGGAAGCUAAUGCUUUUUUGUUUAGCCACACAGUCAUUGACUCAUUUUAUGAGUAUAUUAUUUGUAGAUCCAUAGAUGACUAACUUUGGCACCACAUGUUUGGACCUUUAUUUUCCAGACAUUGAGAUCCCACAUGGGGCCUAGGGGGAUUACCAUAUUGGACUCCUUUCUGUCUUAUUAUUGUGAUGGUAAAUGGAGCCAAGCUUGGCAAAGUAUGGUGCCCAGGCCCCUGUCUAACCUUGGUCCCUAGGCAGCUCCCUUAGGUCACCCACCUCAUGGUUAAUCCAGCUAUGACAUUUCCCCUAUGGCUUUCCAGGACUUUAUUAGUUACAAGGUUUACUAUCACAUUUGUAUUACAGCUGUUUAUUUUAUCGUAGCCUAGUGUCUCUAGCUCUACACCCUCUUCCUUCUCCUUCUAACACUAGCCACGUUUUUGUGUUUUUUAUUUUCGUUUUUUUUCUUUAUUUUUGUUUAGGAACAAUUUUAAGAAUCAAGCACAGCUGCAAAUAAUUAAGCACCUGUAGAUCUGAUUUCUUGAAAAAAAAAAUGCAAGAAAAGAAAAUACUUGUUAAUUAUAACUAGGAUUAAAUAUUACUGCAUUUUUAUAGAGCUAUGCAAUAUGCAAUUUAUACUUGUGUAUACAAUGUGUGUGGUGUACCAACGCAUUCUAUGCUCUCUGGAGAAAGAUGCUGUAUGUGCACUGUGGUACACAAUGCUAUGAUAUUAUGAAUCAUUCUGCCUUUUUUUUGUUUUUUGGAGAAAAUGUUUUUGUAUGUCCUGGAUCCUCUGGUAAAUGGUGCUUUGGAAAAGCUGUAGUCUGUUGGGUAUCCAUACCGUCAUGGAUGUUACAUAUAAAAUGUGUGCAUCUGGGAAAUGUCAGAAAAGUGAGCAUAUAAAUCCCUCAUACUUCUAAAGGUGCUAAAAAAAAAAUCUUUAUUUUUUUAAAUGCUUUUAGAUUAUUUUUGAAACAGGAAACAGAUAAAGUUGAAUACCGUAAUCUUUGUAUUUUUAAAAAAACAAACAAAUCAAAGCUGUGGAUAUGUUAUGCUCAUUGUUAUAAAUACUUCCUAGGACUA